AUGGGAUCUACUCAGAGGGGUACAGUCUAUCCGGUGGUCAAGACUCAUAAAGUUGGGUCCAGAGCAGCAGAUUCCGCACAUAAAGGAGCUGAGGUUAGUAACGCAGCCCCUCCUCACCGGGGACAUGGACAUUCUGUGACCUCAAGCCAUCGAAGUGGUGCCACCUCACCCAGCUCUCCCUACCGAAAGUCAGACGCUGUGCCACUCACCACAUCAAAUUAUCCUCGACCUUUAUCCCCUCAAGCAGGGCCAGCUGCCUCCAGACCAUCAUCCCCUCGGGGCACCGACACCCGGUGUAAAGCAGAAGCCCCCUGUCAAACUCCUCUGCUAAAGAGACAGCAAAUUUCCUCCAGCCCUCCCUUGCAUCGGAAUAUCAGCCCACCUAAGGAGGAGACAGCGCGAAGAUAUGUAAGUCCUGCCAGACCUGAAGACAGCUUUCGCUCCUCGAUAAGCACAGAUGCCAAAGCUGCUCGCCGGUUGAGUUUUCUAGACAAGAAGGAUAACUUUGACAUCUUACAAGAGAAAGAAGCACCCUCCAAGGUACAGAACCCACAGGGGGUCAGAGUUCCACGGAAGCGCUCAGUUUAUCCCAAGGAUGUAGCAGUCCAGACCGAAUUCAUUCGGAAGCCUUUGCCGACUGCUGAGGCCCGGUCUCCUCAGAGACUAUCUGGCUCAGAAUAUAUCAGAGGUCGGACAGUCCAGAAAAGAAUCCCCACCCAAGAACAUGAAUCAAGUCUUAACAGUUCCGUUUUUUCAGAAGCCAAGGCCGCACAGAGGAAUGUAAAUUUGGAAUCCUCCCUCAAGCUUUCUGUCGUGAGGGAUAUGGGUGGUGGGCCCCGAGUUCCUGUGUGUACUGAGCCCAGACCUGUCCAAAAGCCCUCUGCCCAUGUGGAACUGGAACUGAUCCCUCGGCCUCUACCUCCUCGCUCCUUACCUAGGUAUGAUCCUGACUCCUCGUGGUGGGCCUUACUCAAUCCUGAAACUGAAAUGCCUCAGAGCCAGCCAACAACACCUGUCUUUGAGCUGAAGUCCCCUUAUGCCCCAGACUCUUUAUUAUCCUUUUUUGAAAGGGACUCAGAUUCUUUCUGUGAGGAUCUGAUGUACAGAAGAGAGAAGGCAAGUCCUUCACCACCGACCAUAUCACGGAGGGAAGUGCCACAGACCCACAAACACCUCAGCAUACAACCCAUUGAAAGGUUUAGUGCUUUCUUCUUGGAUAUCUCUGAUGGAAUAUAUGGUCGUGCUCUUUGGUGGCUGAAAGGCAAGGCUCCAAGCCACCUGUGA